AUGUCGGCGGAGCCGGAUCACACUCACGAUAAGAAGAGGGUCAACCUCCAGGAUGCCUCGGGCGCCGAGAAGAAGGAGGAGCUUGACACCUCCACUGCUAUUCUCAAGAAGAAGAAGAAGCCCAACUCAUUGAUUGUGACUGACGCCGUGAACGAUGACAACUCGGUGAUCGCUCUUUCAAACAACACCAUGGAGACACUCCAGCUCUUCCGCGGUGACACAGUCUUGGUGAAGGGGAAGAAGCGCAAGGACACUGCCCUCAUCGUCUUGGCGGAUGACGAUCUCGAUGACGGGAGUGCCCGUAUCAACCGUGUCGUCCGGCACAACCUCCGGGUGAAGCACGGCGAUAUCAUCACCGUCCACCCCUGCCCCGAUAUCAAAUAUGCCAAGCGCAUUGCCGUCCUCCCCAUCGCCGAUACCAUCGAGGGCCUUACCGGCUCUCUCUUCGAUGUCUACCUUGCUCCUUACUUCCGCGAGGCGUACCGCCCAGUCCGACAGGGUGACUUGUUCACAGUACGAGGCGGUAUGAGACAGGUGGAAUUCAAGGUGGUGGAGGUGGACCCGCCAGAGUACGGCAUCGUCGCUCAAGACACAAUCAUCCACUGCGAAGGCGACCCGAUUCAGCGAGAGGACGAGGAGGGUAACCUCAACGAGGUUGGCUACGACGACAUUGGUGGUUGCCGGAAGCAGAUGGCUCAGAUCCGUGAAUUGGUCGAGCUGCCUCUCCGCCACCCCCAGCUCUUCAAGUCCAUCGGUAUCAAGCCCCCUCGUGGUAUCCUCAUGUACGGUCCUCCGGGUACCGGUAAGACUCUGAUGGCUCGUGCCGUCGCCAACGAGACCGGUGCUUUCUUCUUCCUGAUCAACGGUCCCGAGAUCAUGUCCAAGAUGGCGGGUGAAUCCGAGUCGAACCUCCGCAAGGCGUUCGAGGAGGCCGAGAAGAACUCCCCGGCUAUCAUCUUCAUUGAUGAGAUUGACUCCAUCGCCCCCAAGCGUGAGAAGACCAACGGUGAGGUCGAGCGUCGCGUCGUCUCUCAGCUCCUCACUCUCAUGGAUGGCAUGAAGGCCCGCUCCAACGUUGUGGUCAUGGCGGCCACUAACCGGCCCAACUCCAUCGACCCUGCCCUUCGUCGCUUCGGCCGUUUCGACCGUGAAGUUGAUAUUGGCAUUCCUGACCCCACCGGUCGUCUGGAGAUUAUGCAGAUUCACACCAAGAACAUGAAGCUUGGUGACGAUGUUGAUCUCGAGACCAUCGCCGCCGAGACUCACGGUCACGUCGGAUCCGAUCUUGCCUCGUUGUGCUCAGAGGCUGCCAUGCAACAGAUCCGUGAGAAGAUGGAUAUGAUCGAUCUUGAUGAGGAUACGAUUGAUGCGGAGGUGCUUGACUCUCUGGGUGUCACGAUGGAGAACUUCCGCUACGCUCUGGGUGUCUCCAACCCCUCCGCCCUGCGCGAGGUUGCCGUCGUCGAGGUUCCCAACGUGCGCUGGGACGAUAUUGGUGGCCUCGAGGAGGUCAAGCGCGAGCUCAUCGAGAGUGUCCAGUACCCUGUGGACCACCCCGAGAUGUUCCAGAAGUUCGGUCUCUCACCCUCUCGCGGUGUGCUGUUCUACGGUCCUCCUGGUACUGGUAAGACCAUGUUGGCCAAGGCCGUUGCCAACGAGUGUGCUGCCAACUUCAUCUCCAUCAAGGGUCCUGAGCUGCUGAGCAUGUGGUUCGGUGAGUCGGAGAGCAACAUUCGGGAUAUCUUCGACAAGGCGCGUGCCGCUGCUCCCUGCGUUGUCUUCCUUGAUGAGCUGGAUUCCAUUGCCAAGUCUCGUGGUGGCUCGGUUGGUGAUGCUGGCGGUGCUUCGGACCGUGUUGUUAACCAGCUUCUGACCGAGAUGGACGGUAUGACUUCCAAGAAGAACGUUUUCGUUAUUGGUGCCACCAACCGUCCCGAGCAGCUGGACGCCGCCCUGGUUCGUCCCGGCCGUCUCGACACCCUGGUCUACGUUCCGCUGCCCGACCAGGAAUCCCGUGAGGGUAUUCUUAAGGCUCAACUCCGCAAGACCCCGGUUGCCGGUGAUGUCGACCUGAGCUUCAUUGCCAGCAAGACCCACGGCUUCUCCGGUGCCGAUCUUGGCUUCGUGACGCAGCGUGCCGUCAAGCUGGCCAUCAAGGAGGCCAUCACCGCCGACAUCGAGCGCGUCAAGGCGCGCGAGGCCGCCGGCGAGGACGUCAAGAUGGAGGAUGAGGAGGAUGAAGCCGAAGACCCCGUACCCGAGCUCACCCGCGCCCACUUCGAAGAGGCCAUGAAGACUGCUCGUCGCUCCGUCACCGACGUCGAGAUCCGCCGCUACGAGGCCUUCGCGCAGAGCCUGAAGAACUCUGGCGGCAGCAGCUUCUUCCGCUUCCCCUCCUCGGGCGAGGUGCAGGAGAACGACACGUUCGGCGAAGCCGGCAAUGAUGACAGCCUCUACGAUUAA